GAAUGUCCCAUAAGCGGGUUCUACAUUAGACUACUCCGCUUACCAGUAGUAGUUCGUUCGACUGCCUAUGGUUCAGUUGCCAAGUUGUCAGCCAGGGACCACUGCAUCCUUAGCAGCAGGAGGCGUCUGAAUUCGUUUACGACUUCUAUUCCGUGUGUCUUAAAGUUUUGCGAUGUAACGAGAAUGUUUGACCUAAUCGAGAGAUUUUCUUACACGUGAUAGAAGUAAGACAAUCGGGAGAAUCGGUGGUCCGGACGCGGAAGCUUUUUAAGACUACAGGCAUUUGUAUAUCAGGUUGUGAAUUUCAGAAAAUCUGAAGGCUCUUGUAUCCGUUAUGCUCGAAGAAAUUAGAAACUGUUUGAUUAAUACACGAGUGCACAAUAUUUGCUGACAUCGGAAGAUCGAAGGAGAUAGACAAAUAAUUUUAAUCGAAAUCUCAUCAUGUCGAUUAUGCUGAAAGGAAUUGUGCUGAUUCUCUAUGUCUUCUGCAAUGUUGCAUUGGCAGGGCAGUGCGGAAAAGUGUGGGUUACAGUUUCCUCUUUGUGGAGACCAAUCGCUGCCAGUGAUAAGGUGGUUGAUGCUGAAUUAGAAGUAAAUUGGGAAUUCGAUUGUCCGGCGGACAUGAAAUACUCAGACACCCACAUCAAGGUGUUCACUGCUGACCCGUUAGCAGCACAUAACAAAAUGAUCAAGCCUGAACUGAUCUUGACUUCAUUACCCCGUCCUCGGGGAUAUUAUAGGACAAAUAUUACAGUCGGUCGUCCACCGCUUCCAGGAGGGUGGGACGCAAAGGAUGGGGCGAAUCUUCCAGGGCCACAUUGUCUCGAUUAUUAUGCAAUCCUUUACAUUGAUGGUCAAAUGUUUUCCAUGUCUUGUUUGCAAAUUUGGCCAACUUGGAUGUACGAUUUGAGGAGAGAGAUCGGCAUGCUUCCUAUCGGUAGCCUGAUGAUACCUGGUACACACAAUUCUGGCUGUUACAAGCAUGGUGAUUUAACACGCCGAGCCGCCUUUCAGCGGUAUUUGCUGACACAAGAUCGUGACGUUUGGACGCAGUUGGUUCACGGUAUAAGAUAUCUGGAUAUCAGAGUUGGAUAUUAUCCGUCGAUACCGAAUGGCACCGCGCUUGAUGAGGACGAGAAUCAUGUAAAUCGAUUCUGGGUCAACCAUGACUUCGUUCGCAUCACACCUCUUGCGGAGAUUUUAAAGGAUGUGAGGGAUUUUUUGGACGCAGCAAGGGGUGAAGUUGUCAUUAUGGACUUUCACAGAUUUCCUGUGGGCUUCGGCGGUAGAGCAAACAAGCAUCGGAAACUAGUGGCUAUUUUACACCGAGAAUUCGAAGGCUUAAUUCUGAAGCCGGACAGAGGAAUCGAAGGUCUAGGACCGACAUUGAAUGACAUUUGGACCGGCGGGAAGAGAUUAAUUAUUUGUUAUGGUGACGAGCAUACAGUAAACGAAUACGAUUGGCUAUGGCCGCCUUUGACGCAAGUAUGGGGCAACCAGCAAACCGUGAAAGGUUUGUUCGAGUAUUUGGACACAGAGAUUUUGGGAUCAAAGAAACGUAGGAAUAGUCAGAAUCCAUUAUGGGCAGUAAUGGCGGAAUUGACACCGACACUAAAAGACGUUUUCUUUGAUCUACCUGGCGGGCUUCGGCAGAUGGCCGAUUCCGUUAAUCGAAAUCUCACUAUCAAGUUUCAAGAGGAGUGGUGGAAGGAAACGAACAUCGUCGCCACAGAUUUUUUUCUCGGGAACGAUCUGAUCUGGGUAUCGAGAAUGUCGAACAUAAAGAAAAGUAAUAUCGCGCAAUGGCGUUCAUAGUCUAUAGAAUUUCGCUGAUAACGCCAAAUUUAUUCCUUAUUUCGAAAUGGAUAAAAGAAUAUUAUUGCAAAAUGAAACAAUAAUUUCCAUAAAAUUUUUAUAAAUCUUAAUAAAGACGGAAGUGUAUGUUGAUAUGAACUGAUAUUUACAUAUGAGAUUAUGGAGUUAUAUGAAUUUCGCAAAAACUGUAAGAAACUCAUUCACUUAUUGUAUAAUAAAUCUCAAUACAAACAGUGAAAAUACUAUUUCAAUUUGUAAAUUAUUAGUGGCAGAUUGUAACAACGAAUGUCGAAGAAUUUCAUAAAUACUGGUAUUUACAAUAAUAAAUAAAUAAAUAUUUCAAUAAUAAGUA